AUGCUUGACUCGACUCGUGUUCUGCUGGAUGAGAAUGGUACUGCAAAGCUUUCUGGAUACGGCGAGCACUUGGUUAUACCAGAAGAAGCUUCACAGAAGAUCCUGAUUAAUUCCAUCAAGAUGUCAGGUUAUUCAGGUAAUUCAUUUAUAGUACGAUGGCCUUCUGAGUGCAGCUCAGACGUUUAUGCGUUUGGAGUUUUGCUGUUGGAGUUGCUGACAGGACGAAAGGCUCUGGAUACGUCAAGAGGGUCACACGAAUCCCUCCUCGCCGAUUUUUUUAAGCCCAUGCUCAACGACACUCAAACUCUGCUUACGUACAUAGAUCCAAGGAUGCAGGAUCACGGUGCCGCUGGCUCGCUGGGAACGCAUUCGACGAGGGCCGGCGCGUUGGCGAAUGAUGUGGAAGAGACGCUUCUGCACCACGCGCGCAUGCUCGCGCGCGAGCGCAGCAAGCGCGCGGAAGACUCUGCGCGCCGAGAGGAAGCGGAGGCGCGGUGGCGGGCGGCGGAGCAAGAGGCGGACGGUCUCCGCCGUGAGCUGGCCGCGCUGCUUUCACGGAGAGCGGGGGACCCGGGAGUGUCCGCGACGGGCGUUGGGCAGGAGCGGUUAGGGGAAGCAGGCGCGGGGAUGGCGGGGAAGUUGGCGGAAUUAGAGCGCGAGAUGGCGGAGUUGCGGCGGGACGUGGGGGAGGUGACGCGGUGGGUGCGCAGGAGCGAGAUGCGCGCGCGGGAGGGAUGGCGCGCGGUGGAGGGGAUGAUGGGGGGAAUGCGGAGGCGGAUGGAUAGAACGAGAGGGGAGGAAGGCGCGCCAGGAGGCGGAGGAGGGGUAAGCAGCGUGGGCGCAGAGGAGCGCGCAGGGGAGCGCGCAGGGGAGGAAUCCGGAGAUGAAGCGGGGAGGAGAAAUUGUGAAAUGCGAGAGGGGCUUGGAGAUGCGUGGAGCAUGCUUGGAGUGUGGGGAGGCGAGGUUGUAGCAGGAAGGGGCAGCGGGAACGAGGGAGGAGGGGCGUGGGCAAGCGAGCUUGGGGAGGGGGAAACGGGCUGCGUGGGGGCUGCGGAGGGGAGAUGGCGGGAGAUAGGGCGGGGGAAGGAGAGAUGGGGGGGUAGAUGGGAGCGGGUGAUAAGGCGGAUCGGGGAUGUGGGGGCGAGAGUGCAGGGGGAGAGAUGGCAGCAGGUGGAGUUGGAGCAGCAAGUGGAGAGGGCAGGGCGGGAGGUGGCACGAGUUAAGGCGCUCCUUGGGCGAGCCAUGGGGGCGGAGGGGAAGAUAGACGACGAGGUGGGAGAGGCGGGGCAGGGAUAUGUGGGUAGUGAGGAAAGGGAGCAGGGGGACGGUUUGGCAGGGUUGAGAGUGGUAGGGGUUGGUGAAGUGGCAAAAGAAGAGAGUGCGGUAGCCAGGGGGGGGAUGGAAGGGGAGGUAGAGGGGACAGAGGGAGAGGAGGGAUCGGAGGGGAGGCGAGUGGGUAAGGACGGAGGGGACAUCGGAAAAACAGCGAGGGUGGAGGGGUAG